AUGCCGCCAUUAUGGCGCGUGAUGGUGCUGGACGAGUUCCUCCGGUGGUUCGAGGUGCCCAACAGCCUCAUGGAGAUCUUCCUCAAUUAUGACAUGGAUAGGAAGUUCACGCGGCAGUGGAAGGUCUUCGAGCAGAUGGUUAACAUCCUGUGCGCCAUCGCUGAUGGGAGGGGCGAGACUGCACUGGGGUCGGCAAACGUGCGGGCUGAACCCGUCGACGAUAAGGCUCAGCAGACUCUGCGUCUUACGGCACUUCGGUCCCUUGCGGAGGUGAUGCAGAGGCUCACCGACGCGGCCGGCCACGACUACGUCAUGUCCGGCGACAACAAGAAGGCCAAAGACUCCACCUCCACUGCCACCACCGCCACCGCCGCCGCCGCCGCCUCUGCCGCAGACGGCCACGGCGAGUGGGACACGGCACCCUCCGACGGCACGAGGCCCUCCUCUCCCUCCGCAAGGGGAGGCGAAAGCGACGGCGCCACCACAGAUGGAACCCCGGGGGGCGGUGAGAUCUUCUCCUUGCCGUCGGAAUCACGCCUCCUUUUGGGACAGGCGGGAGUCCCGCUCCGAAGAGGGGACAGCGCUCAUCACCUAGACCCUCGCAGCGGCGAGUUCGGCGGGGCGGUGGACUCCGUGCCGGGGGUGGGGCUGUUGGGGGGCGGGGGCGGUUGCUUGCCAUCCCCGGGGGGUUCCGUGGUAUCGUACUCGUCGACGGCGAGGGCGGAGUCUAUCUUGGGGACCUCCUCGGUGUCGACCAUGUCGGAGGCCGGGGGGGCGGCGGAGAGGGGGGGUGCGUACAACAGGAGGCGCUUCCGGGAGCCGACGAGCUUCAAAUACUGCAAGGAACUCAGGAAUCGUGCGGAGGAGGUCGUGACGGAGGCCCUGCAGUUGUACAGCACCAAGGGGCUAAAGAAGGCCGUUCAGCACCUCGUGGCGUCCAACUUCAUCUCCGACACCCCUAGAGACAUCGCCAACUUCUUGCGGAUCUACAAGAAGGACUUGGACCCCCUGAGCAUCGGAGACUUCUUGAGCGAGCCGGAUGUUGACGGGGGGGACUACUGGAAGGCCAUCCGGCUGCAGUACGUCCGAGCAAUCGCGUUCCACGGAAUGACGCUCGAGGAGGCCUUGCGGCAUCUCCUCACCGACAGCGGAUUCAGGCUUCCCGGAGAGUCCCAGAAGGUGGACCGGCUCGUCUCUUCCUUCGCCGAGUGCUACGUCGCGGACAACCGCGACAACCCCACCUGCCCCUUCGCCAACGCCGACACGCCGUUCAUCCUGUCCUUCGCCAUCAUCAUGCUCAACACGGACCUGCACAGAGCCAACGCAGGCACCGGCAGGCGGCGGCGUCGACGCAUGACCAAGGAGGACUUCAUCAGCAACCUCAGUUCCUUAGGUUUCGAGAUUUUUUUAGCUUGCCCUCUCCCGGGCUCUGAGCUACUGUAUUGGUCGCGCGCUGCAAGUUUUUUUUACAAUCCUAAACCUGCCUUUUCUUCUCGCGCCCCCUCUACACACCUGUGCGCAGCCCGCGAGCUGUCGAAAGCGGCGCUAGGGGGCGAGGAGCUGCUCCGAGCUCUGGGCAUGUUCGGCCACCGCUUCUCCCUUGUCGGAGUAGACACCGGGGUCAGCGUGGACUUGCUCAAGCUCAUGUUCCAGACCGUGUCCACUCCCGUGCAUGCCGUCGUCGAUUCGGUGCUCGACGGGCCGGAGCAACCGGACGUGGAGUCGGUCCUGGCGUGCAUCGACAUCGUGCGUUACGCCCUGGGCUGCUCGAUCUUCCUCGGCAUGACCAUGGAGAAGGCUGCCUUCGCCAAGCAACUCCCCAAGUUCUGCGCCAGAAGCCUCAGCGUUCGGAGCGACUCGCAGCGGGCCGGGAGCGGCAGAGGAGGGGCGGUGAUGACGAUUGGGCUGGCGGGAGGCAGGGGCACCGCGGAGGGGGAGGCUUGGCUGGAGGAGGUGGAGGAGGUGGAGAACGCCGUGGAAGCCAAGUCCACCAUCGCGCAGGUGCACUCCCUCGUCAAGUCCCUGGAGAGGAGGGUGAACGACACGUACCUGAUGGAGGAGCUGCACACCGUGGCGAAACGCAUUCGUAACCAUGGAAGCCUCUUCGACGGUACGCCCAGGCGCUUCCUGCGGGAGGGGGACCUGAUAAAGUUCACCCGCACGGGCAGGAAGAUGUCUUACCGCUUUUUCCUGUUCAGCGAUCAGCUCGUGUACGCGCACCAACUCUUCUCCGGGGACUGGAAGAUGCACGAGCAGCUGCUGCUGGCGCUGGUGAAGGUGGUUGACGUGCAAGACAAGAAGGACGACAGCAAGUUUUGCAUCCAGCACCCCAAGAAGUCGUUCACGCUUUCCGCGAAGACGGUCUGGAACAAGAGGGCAUGGAUGACAGCAAUAUCAGAGGCCGCCGAAGCGGCGCUUCGAGCUAGACUGGAGACCAAUCGCCUAGGCGGUGUUGGCGGCGCAACGGGCCAAGCUUCGGCGGCGGCGGCGGCGACGACGGCAGCGGCGGGGAGAGGGGGCCCGCAAAGGCCGCCGGCGACGGCGGCAGCGGCGGGGCUACGGGUGGACACGGAAGCGGCGAACACGGUAGCGGCAGCAGCAGCAGCAGCCGGCACAAACUUGAUGGCCUACGGCGUAUCGUCAUCCACCACGAGCAGCGGUAGCGGCAUCGCCGCCGCCGUUGCCGGAAGUGGAACUCCUAAGGAAGGCGGCGGCGGCGGCGGCGGUGGCGGCGGGGUAGCGGGAAGCCUGGUAGGAGGGCGAGGCGGGCCGGCAGGGACGGCCAACUCAUCGGCGUUCCUCCUCCUUGGGCAGGGGCAGGAGCGGCAGAUCUCCUCCGACAGGGUGACCGGCGAAAGCGCCGGGUCCGAGAUCUCCAGCAGGACGGAGAGCGGCGUCGGGGCCGGAACCGGCGGCGAUGAUGGGAGCAGCGCCGGCGGCGGCGGCUCUCGCCCGUCACAACGGAGGGUAGCGGCGGGAGGCUUGCGGGGCGCCGCGUCACCCACGAGCAGCGUGGGAUCCUUCGGCGGCGCCUCCCGCGAACUAUCGGUCGUCGGCGGCGGCGGCGGCGGGGGUGGGUCGAGUUCCGGUGGCACGGGGUCCAAGCAGCCGGGGACCCCCCUCUCCGUGGGGCUCAUGUCCAUGCGCUCCCGCCUGCUGAAGCGCUGGAGCUCGACGCUCGCGGGAGCGGGCACCCCGGUGUCGGCGGGAGGCUGGAGCUACGACUCCGGACCGGGGUCUCCAAAUGGCGGCAGUUCCGUCGCCGCCGCGGCCGGCACCGGCGGCGCGGACCAGUACCAGAAGUCUCGCUUGGUGGACGGAAGUCAGCUGGUUGCUCCCGCUGGCGGCGGCGGAGGCGGAGGAGACAGCGGUCUGCCGCUGUCGAUGCCCCCCGGAGAGCCCAUCGGCGUUGGCGGCGACUACGGCGGCAUCGGCGGCGGUGACUACGGCGCCACCGCGGACCUUCCGUCCUCGUGGACGUCGCUGAGGGCGGGGCCGAGCCACGCUGCUACGUCGCAGCCGCAGCACGCGAGGACUCCCCCGGAGCCGUCGGCGGCUCCGCCGCCGCCGCCGCCGUCUUUCUGGAGCCGCAGGUCUUCCGGUACAUCGGCGCUCGGUGGUGGGGCCGCGGGGAUCGGCAACGAGGCGGUGCCGUGGAGAAGUUCGAGCGGCGGCGGCGGCGGCGGCGGAGGCGGCGGCGGCUUGCCGCUGGGGUCGGCGGUACACGGGGAGAACGUGUCGUCGUCGUCAUCGCUGUCUUCGUCCGCUCUGCUGCACGCCCGCGCGUCGCCUUCCUCCGCCCUGCUUCUCAGCUCCUCCCGCGGCUGGCUGACGGGCAUGAACGCGACCUCCGUCAGGGGCUCCGCGAGCUCGGCGUCCUCCUCGACGGUCGUGAGGUCCCCGAUAGCCCCCACCGCUGCCUCGGCGGCUUCGCGGCAGAAGACCCGGGCCGCCCUCCACAGCGCCGUCGCGAGCGGCAUCUUUCACCCCGAGGCCAGCGCUGCGCUGAGCCACGACAAUGUUCAGGGGCUGGGUGUCGGAAUCGACGGUGUCGGAAUCGGCAUGAGCGACGGCAGUGGGUCGGCCUC